AUGUGGUUAUGCCUGGAACGGUUGUGGUACCGUACCAAGACGGCCACGGUACCACUGCAAGGGCCACCUACUACCGUAUACAUCUGCGGUGCCCUUAAUUUCAUCUUAUUCGGUGUUGGCACUAUGAUUUUGGGAUUCGUUAAUGACUGUCUUGAAGACGUGGUCAUAGGUGCCAUGCAGCUGUUGUUGCCAUUCGUUGGAUGGAUAUGGUCAAUCGUUUGGGGUAUAUUAAUUAUCGCUAGAAAAUCGGCUAGGCAAGACUCGCCGGUGUAA